ACUCUUCUGAACACCUUGAUGUCUAUGAGGAGCCCCGGCUCUGCCCAGCUGGUCCUGGAUGAAGUUGGCACCAUGGUGAACUGUACUGUCAAGGCAGAGGGCAAGAAGGAGCCUUGUCACGAGGCCCCCCGAGGCUCAGCCUCUGCAGAUGAACUGCAGCCUGGAGACCCAGCCCGCCCCCCCCAGGAUGGUGCUGACCAGCAAGCUCCAGCCCAGGGUGACAGGGACAUCCAGUCUGUCUUGCAGGACGGCAGCCCCCUGGAGAACAGUGAGUCCCCAGAACCCAGGAGACCAGGAGGUUCCGAGGCUGCUUCUGGAAGCCAGGAGAGGCUGGACUUCAACAGAAAUUUAAAAGAAGUUGUGCCGGCCAUCGAGAAACUGCUGUCCAGUGACUGGAAGGAGAAGUUCCUGGGAAGGAGCUCUGUGGAAACCAAAGAUGUCAAAGGGACCAAGGAGAGCCUGGCAGAGAAGGAGCUGCAGCUUCUGGUCAUGAUCCACCAGCUGUCUGCUCUGCGGGACCAGCUCCUGACUGCACACUCGGAGCAGAAGAACAUGGCCGCGAUGCUCUUGGAGAAGCAGCAGCAGCAGAUGGAGCUGGCCCGGCAGCAGCAGGAGCAGAUUGCUAAGCAGCAGCAACAGCUGAUUCAACAGCAGCAUAAGAUCAACCUCCUUCAGCAGCAGAUCCAGCAGGUCAACAUGCCUUACGUCAUGAUUCCAGCCUUCCCCCCAAGCCACCAACCUCUGCCUGUUACCCCCGACUCCCAGCUGGCUCUGCCCAUUCAGCCCAUCCCCUGCAAACCAGUGGAGUAUCCGCUGCAGCUAUUGCACAGCCCCCCCGCCCCAGUGGUGAAGAGGCCUGGGGCCUUGUCAGCCCACCACCCCCUGCAGGAACCCUCCCAACCGCUGAACCUCACGGCCAAGCCCAAGGCUUCGGAGCUGCCUAAUUCCUCCAGCUCCCCCAACCUGAAGCUGAGCAACUGUGGACCACGUCCCCCAAGCCACGGGGCCCCCACGCUGGACCUGCAGGCCAACCCCCCUAGCCUGCCUUUGGGCUUCCUCGGUGAAGGGGACGCUGUCACCAAAGCCAUCCAGGAUGCCCGACAGCUGCUGCACAGCCACAGCGGAGCCUUAGACGCUUCGCCCAGCGCCCCGUUCCGCAAGGACCUCAUUGGCGUGGACACAUCACCAGCCAAGGAGCGGCUGGAGGACAGCUGUGUGCACCCGCUGGAAGAAGCCAUGCUGGGCUGUGACAUGGACGGCUCCCGCCACUUCCCUGAGUCCCGGAACAGCAGUCACAUCAAGCGGCCCAUGAAUGCCUUCAUGGUGUGGGCCAAGGACGAGAGAAGGAAGAUCCUCCAAGCUUUCCCAGACAUGCAUAACUCCAGCAUCAGCAAGAUCCUUGCCAGCAGACCGGCCAGGUGCAGACGAGCCCCUCGGAAGUCCUGUACCCGCGGGUGGCAGGCCUGCCCCUCGCACAGCCCCUGGUGGAGCACUACGUGCCCCGCGGCCUGGACCCAAACAUGCCCGUCAUCGUCAACACCUGCAGCCUCAGGGAGGAGGGCGAGGGCCCAGAGGACAGGCACUCGGUGGCUGAUGGUGAGAUGUUCCGGUUCAGCGAGGACGAGGACUCGGAGGGCGAGGAGAAGAGCGACGGCGAGCUGGUGGUGCUCACGGACUGAUCCCGGCGGCCCGAGCCCGGCCCUCCUCCCCGCGGAGACCUGGGCACAGCCGCCCCGCCCACUGGUACUUGGACUCGGGCCUGCCAGAAGAUGGGCACAGCUGUGCGUGUGGAGAUGCAUUCGCGGCGGGAGGUGACCGCUCUGCACACCCCCUGUGGGCACACGGAGGCGCUGGUGGCCUCGGUGGCUCCUGCUCAGUGGCGAUGGGCUGGGCUCGCCGGGCUCCACUGAGGCUCUUGGGGCCCAUGGCCAGCGGGCACUGUGUGACCCUCCCCCCCUGCAGGUCUGCCCGUCCUGGGGGUAUGGCAGCUACAGACCUGUUCCUCUAGGGCCACAGUUUUGUUAUUUCCAUUCUUGUUCUGGCUGGACCAGCUGCCGCGGGACCAACAUGCACCCCGCCGUCACCACCACAGUGCCCCAGAUGGCUGCUUUAACCAGCAGGCUCUUUGUGCACAGAGGUCUGGCUGUCCUCGCUGUCCCUCCCUUCCACCAAGCCUCUCAUGUCUCUGGCUGCUGUGUGCACCUGUGUUUUCGUCUGUUCUUGCAUCGCAUAAGGUAUUUAUUGAGUGCCAGGGGCCCUUGCUGAGCUCCCGCGGCUGUGUCUCCUGGCGCCAUUCUUGCUUCUCUGGGGGGCUCUCUGCGCCUCUGUCUGUCCCCGAAUUGCUACCUCUCCAUGUCAGUCUGGGCGUCUCAGGUUCUGUGUGUCCGUAGUGCAUUUCUGUCCUUGCCUCUCUGCAGGGCUUGUUUGUGUCUCUCCCUUCCCCAAUGCCUGCCCUUGCCCCUCUGACACCCACUGGGUUUCUGCAGGCCCCAGUCUGCCCCGGGUCCCAGGCAUCCCGGCCGCUCCUGCCCACUCCGUCACUGCCUCCCUGACUCCCCUGUAAGCUCCCUGGGAGUCACUUCCACUUCCAGCUCCCGAGACCGGGGACGUGCUGGCCUCCAGACGGGGCGCCUCAGCCCCGUCCCGACCUGAGUGCCAGGAGCGGGGCGGAGCACUGGCAGUGCCCCUUCUGUGAGCGGCAGGAGCGUGGGAGGGCUCUCGAGGCCACGGGGCUCCACAGCCUCUGGAGCUGGAGGUGGGCAGGCUCCGUGUCCUGGGGGGCUUCAUCCUCUCCCCCUGCCCCACGCCACACCGGGAGCUUGCCCCGGUCCUGGUCCCUAUCACUGAGUCUUUCCCCAAGAAAAUCAAAUCCUGCUGGCACCUGACUCCAAAGAUCUGGAACAGCCCUGGGCAGGGUGGGAAGGGAACCCACACCCCACAGGGACAGAUGUGGAGUUUGUGUCUGUUCCCCCAUCUUCCCCCUUCUCCUGCCCCACACCCAGCUUUUCUCCAGCUGUUUCUUUUUUUUUUAUGACUGUAAACAUAGAUAGUGCUUUAUUUUGUUAAUAAUAAGAUAAUGAUUAGUAACUUAA